GUGAGACGCUGCGUAGGCUACGUGAAGUUUUUGAGCUGACCUUCCUCUAAUGCGGAAAUAGCUUCAUAUUUUCUCAGGACUUAAAUCAGCUAGGACUAAUAAAGAAUGCGGCUGUCAAGAAGAAGGAUUCACCAGUUCUGACUCUCUGUUGUUGUAAAGUCGGUUAGAUAUAAUGAAAUUAUGUAGAAAAUUAUCUUUAUCCUUACUUUCGUGUGCGUGUUGUGGCGCGUUUAAGAAAUGGCACGCUAACUAAAGGAUAAACACUCAAGAACGAAAUGAAACAUCGUUUAAUCACACGUUACUAAAGUCUACAACAAAAUGAGGAUUAACGUUUUGCUUUUAAGCGUUUUACUUUUCAAAGGAACAGGUGUCUUUGGUGCUUCAGAUGAAAUGAAGUCAGUGAUGGAGGGCGAUUCUGUCACACUACACGCUCAUCUUACUGAAAUGCAGAAAGCUGAUCUGAUACUCUGGAAAUAUGGACCUGACAGGGAUCAUAUAGCUCAACUCAACACAUUGGACAAUAGGAUCUCAUUAUAUCCUCUUGAUGGGAGAUUCAGAAACAGACUGCAGCUGGAUGAUCAGACUGGGUCUCUGACCAUCAUAGACAUCAGAAAUGAGCAUGCUGGAGUCUAUGAACUACACAUUAUUGGUGGAAAUGAGGUCCCACCCAAGAGAUUCACCAUUAUUGUUUCUGGUGUGUUUGGUGAGACAGUAUCAGUGACGGAGGGAGAUUCUGUCACUCUGAAUGUUACUGAAAUACAUGAAGACGAUGACAUACUGUGGAAUGUUGUAGCUGAACACACUCGGAUAGCUGAAAUCAACAGAGAUCCUACAAUCUUCUACACAUAUAACGGUCCUGAUGAGAGAUUCAGAGACAGACUGAAGCUGGACAGACAGACUGGAUCUCUGACCAUCACAAACAUCACAACUCAACACGCUGGAGAAUAUGAAGUAAAGAUAAGUGGAGCUAAACUGUCAUCAAAAACAUUCAGUGUUUCUGUUUACGCUCAUCUUCCUGUUCCUGUCAUCAGCAGAAACUCUUCACAAUGUUCUUCAUCAUCAUCAUCAUCAUCAUAUUGUUCAUUGUUGUGUUCAGUGGUGAAUGUGGGUCAUGUGACUCUCUCCUGGUACAAAGGAAACAGUUUAUUGUCCAGCAUCAGUGUGUCUGAUCUCAGCAUCAGUCUCUCUCUACCUCUGGAGGUGGAAUAUCAGGAGAAAAACAGCUACAGCUGUGUGAUCAACAAUCCCAUCAGAAACCAGACCACACAUCUGGACAUCAGCAAACUCUGUCACACAUGUUCAGCACUAGACUUGACCACAGUGUUAGUGCUAGCUUUUUCUCUGGCUGUGGUCGUGGCAAUUUUCUUUGGUGUUUUCUGUUACUUUCACCACAGGAAGACUAAACAAGCAGCUGAUAAAGGAAGUGGUUAUUUUUGUACAGGCCUUGAUGGAGAAGAACAUAUUGGGUUGACUAAUGGUACUUUAAAUGAGAAAGAUGAAAUUAAGUCUUUGUUAGCAAUGGUGGGAGAAAGAGUCACGCUACACACUGAUCUCACUGAAAUACAGGACGAUGAGCUGAUACGGUGGAAGUUUGCAGAUUUCAAAGUAAACAAACUCGCUGAAUUUUCAGUCAUAGCUAAAUGGGAUAAAACAAAAAAUGAGGAAUACCUAUAUAAUGAAGAAAGAUUCAAGGACAGCUUGCAUCUGGACCACAAUACUGGAUCUCUGACCAUCACAAACAUCACACCUAAACACUAUGGACAUUACAAACUGCAUAUCGGUGAGGGACAGAAGAUCACAAAGACCUUCAAUCUUCUAGCUCAUGUCCCAAAGAAAAGACAAAGUAGAACCAUGAGGAGAAAAACUAUUCCUUUAUAAUAAAGUGACGUGACCAUUCAGCCAAGUAUGGUGACCCAUACUCAGAAUUUGUGCUCUGCAUUUAACCCAUCCGAAAUGCACACACACAGAGCAGUGAACACACACACACACUGUGAACACACACACAGAGCAGUGGGCAGCCAUUUAUGCUGCGGCGCCCGGGGAGCAGUUGGGGGUUCGAUGCCUUGCUCAAGGGCACCUAAGUCGUGGUAUUGAAGGUGGAGAGAGAACUGUACAUGCACUAUCCCCACCCACAAUUCCUGCCGGCCCGGGACUCAAACUCAAAAAGUAAAAUGUUAAAAAAAAAACAGGAUUUUCCAAUUAUUUUUCAUUCUUUGCCCUUUGUAUUUGUGUGUAUUAUGUAAAAAAUAAUAAUUAUAAUAAUAAUAUAUAUAUAUAUAUAAUAUAUAUAUAUAUAUAUUUAUACACACUGAAAAAAAUAAUUCAUUGGAUUUACUCAAUUGAAUAUUGGACAUUGGUUGCACACAAAUUGUUUGCUUUGGUAGCCACUUACACAGUUGUGUUCCUUAAUGGAACGUAAUUAAUGUAAAUAUUCUUUUUACAUUAAGUUAAAUUGUAAUUUCUAUGUUCUAAAUCUAUAUGUAUUAAUAAAAUAAAUUACAGUUAACCAAGGAAAGUGGAAAUCAAGGGCAGCUGGACUGGUUAAGGUUUAUUGAAGGGGUUUCACUUCUCAUAUGAGAGGCUUAAUCAAUUAAUUGAUUUCAACAUUUCUUGGAUAACCAUGACCUGGAUGACUUCACAAACAAAUUAGUUAAGAAAUAAACAAUUACCAAAUGCAUUGUUGUUGACAUUUCACUUUACUAUUGUAAACAUUAACAAUAUAUUUUCAUUAAAAACUAUA